AUGUCUGACACUGUUCGACGACUUCCGUGGGGUGCUGAAAGGCACAUACGUUCGACAUUUUCCAUUGAACCAGCAUCUUCUCUUGAUGCGACGAUAAAACCAGGAGAAUACACACUUAAUCUACUUUUAAAUCAAUUUUUUAUUGCUGCUGAAGCACGCAUUGCUGAUGUGUGUUCGGAGAGUAAACAGCAUAUCCCAUUGAAUCAAUGUUUGAAACGUGGUGAUGAUUUUCAUUUCGAUGAGCUGCUUGAUGUUUUCCAAGCGAUCGCUGAACAUUCCCUGCCAUCGUUAGUGAGAAUAUCAUUCGAAUGGUUUCGGUAUCACAUUAAUGACGAUCAAUUGAAAUUACGUGGAAUAAAACCGACAUCCACGGCAACAUCAGCGAUAAAAGAAAAUGAUUGGCUUGAAGAACGUCGACAACUCACUGUACAUUUUAUAUUUUGUCUGAUUUUAAUUGAUGUUCUCAAACAGCUUUCGUUUCAUCCGGGAUUCGAUGUGUCGAAUAUUGAAGAUCAAGCUUUUAAAUGGUUUCGAGGCAACGAAAAAUUCAAUGACAUAACAUCGACACAACCUAACCAACUCAACUAUCAAACAAUCUGUGAUCUAUAUGCUGAAGUCGUUGGUGUAUUAGCGCAAAGCCGAUUUUUAUCCGUUAAACGACGAUUCAUGCUGGAAUUAAAUAACCUACGAAAAGAACCAGCCAGUCCGUCCGUCAAUGCAAACAUUAUUAAUUUGAAUACGGGAAUGAGAUUUUUCCGUGUCAAAAUGACACCAGUGGAAGAUUUUGAGGCUUGCUUUCAAUUUCUUCUCGAUUUGGCAAAUUAUUUUCUUGAAGUACGCGAACGUGAUAUCAAAAAUUCGUUGGCAAACCUAUUUGUGGAAAUUCUUUUACCUGUCGCAGCAGUCGUUAAACUCGAAAUGAACAUUCCGAUCGUUCGAAACUUUGUUGAUUUAUUAUAUUCGCAUGUAUUGGAUCUGUGUUCAAAGAAUAAACAUCGAUUGGCCAUGUAUCCACUAAUGACUUGUUUGUUAUGUAUCAGUCAGAGACAAAUGUUCUUCAAUAAUUGGAACAAGUUUAUGUUACUUUGCUUGGGAAAUCUACGUGGCGAAGCGAAAUUAGCUCGAGUAUCAUUGGAAUCGCUGUAUCGUUUGAUCUGGGUUUAUAUGGUUCGAUUCAAGGGUGAAAAUGUUAAAACAACGAAUCAGCAUUUAACAUGUAUAGUAAAUAGUUUGUUUCCAAAGAGUUUCAAAGCGUUAACACCAAAAGACAUUCCAUUGAACAUUUUUGUUAAAAUUAUCCACUUCAUCUCUCAAGAAAAACUCGAUUUCGCGAUGAAAGACAUCAUAUUCGAUCUACUCAGUGUCGGCCGUUGUCGAAACAUCAUGCCCGAACGUAUGAAUGUCGGUUUACGAGCAUUCUUAGUCAUCGCAGACAGUCUCGCACAAAAUGAAGACGAACCCAUGAUGCCAUUGCAUAACAUGACAUUCCCAUCGGGUCAUACAUUACGUCCGCGACGAACGUGUACAAAGAUGAUCAGUGAUUCGAUAGUUAAAGAAAUUGGAUUGCAGAAUUAUUACGAACCUAUUCGGAAAACAUUCGAUACUAUACUGAAAAUGCUCGACACACAGGUUGGGAGAUGUUUGUUAGUUACGCGACCAGAUAGCGCUAAUAAAGAUACAGAAGAUUUACUAAGUGGUGAUCGUAAACCAAAAAUUGAUCUUUUGCGCACAUGUAUAGCUGCGUUACCACGUCUUCUACCAUUAGGAACAUCUCAAGAUGAAUUGAUAGAAAUGUUAGCGAGAUUAACCAUACAUAUGGAUCACGAAUUAGCUGUGCAAGCAUUUCAAUCACUUCAGUAUUUUGUUAUCGAGUUACCUGAAUGGAGAAGAAGUGUAUUUCGUGGAUUCACAAAUUAUAUCCUACGUGAAGUAACCGAUCAGUUGAUGUUUCUAUCGGACACGGGUAAAACAACGUUAGAGCAUUCCAUGCGCUUCUUAUUACAAUUGUUACAACAAUGGAAACAUGUUUUGGUCAAUUCGACGAGUAAACAAACACCUAGUCGACCAACGAUCUCUCCGCAAACUGAUAUGGAAACCUUAGCAAUGGCGGAAGGAUUUGGUAUAAUUGCACUUUGCCAAACACAUCAUGUUCGACGAAAAUAUGGAGUUCUGAUCUUACGUGAAGUGAAAAAUAUUGCAGUCGCAUCGAAAUGCUUACAACCAAAUCAAAUAUGUUUGAUUGAUAUAUUGGAUGCAGCUGUUCCGACAGUCAUCGAGAAACUCACACCGUCAUUGACACUUCAAGAAAAAGCGAAUCUGCUCUGUAACUCCACAUGUGAUUUAUCGUGGCUUGUCGAUCGUUCCUCAAUGUGGGACACUCAAGACGAUUUCAAAACCAUGCAGUCAGGUUCCGAUAUGGCUACUAGCACCAACGUUCUACAAUCCACGGCAUCUCUGAAUGUAUUGAAUCCAAAUACCUCCACAGUUUCACCAUUAAUCAAUACAACAGCAACGAACACAGCAGUCACACCAUCAUUAGCUAUCAUUCCUCAAAAUCAACAAGCUCAACAGUCUCAAUCUCAGUUGUCUUUAUCCUUGCCGAAUUCUUUACAACAACCAUCGAAUAAUUUGCUUGUUUCAUCACAAAUUAUGGCCACAACGAAUUCUAAUGCAUCAACAACAACGUUAACAUCGAUUACCACACAAAAUACAGCAAAUAAUAACAAUUUAUCGACUUCAUUGACAUCGAAUGAGCUAAAUGCACGAUUCGAUAUGUGGACAGAAUGUCUUGCCGAAUUAUUCGUUUAUAAAAAUAUCCUUCAAUGCCCGUUGACACGUAUCGAAGCAUGGAGAAUGGUAUUUUUUCGUCUAACACAAUUAUUUCCAUACGUCGACCCGAGUAAUCAAACAACAGAGAGUCGUUCAUCAUUUGUCUUUCGUACGAACGAUUUUAUGAAGAAAGCCAAUGAAAGAGAGUACAACCUCAAUCUUUGGAAAAAUUAUUUGAUCUGUGCAUGUUGUUUAACUAUAUCUGGCUCUGAGAAAUCACAACAAUUCAACGUUGAUCAAGGUGUCUACCAAGAAACGCAUCAAGAUUCAUCGAAAUUCUAUACUCCGGCAUCGAACACAGCUGUAUCAUUAUUUCGCAUCGUUGUUAGUUUGCUGCGCUGUGAAACGAGCGAUAUACGCGAGAUUGUCAUUCGAGGUCUUGGACGAACGAAUCCCGAAGCAUUCAAAGAUUUGUUGGAAGAUCUAACGAUUCAUAUCAAAGAUGCCAUGGAAGUUAAACAAGAGAAAGUUCGCCGAAUGAAAAGACGAGAUUGCAUGCGUCUUCGAUUGAUUCGUAUUUUUGAAUUACUAGCCGAUCGAGAUGUAUUUCGACAUUGUUAUUCAAGUGAACCUGAAACAAAACGCUCGUCGUAUCAAAUUUAUCAUGAAUACCUUCAGGGUGGACUUAGUUAUUUGGAUUUAGAAAACGAAAGAGAUUCGGAUCUAGCAACGCAAAUACGACAACAUUUUGCGCGAUUUAUCUAUAAAUUUAUCAACCAAAUUCCUCAUUCCAUGCGAGAGACAUUGAUUCCACCACAAAUCCGUUACAGUUUAUUCGAACUAUUUCGCAAAUGGAGUGGAAAUUUGAAUAUUAUGACCGUGUUCGCUUCGACAAAUUCGCGAGAACAACGAAUAAAAUCUGAGCCAUGCAGUGAAUUGGAAUUAUUUGCUAUUCGAGCAUGUGCAGCAACACUGUGUUGUGGAACGAUCAAAGAUGAAUGGUUUCAGAAAACUGUUGCACCUUGGCUUGAUCAAUUCAUGGCUGCACAUGAGAUAUAUCCGUCAUUUGUAAGUUCAAUUUUUCUUUUCAAUGAAACAAAUGAUUUUCUUCAACAUAAAUGCUCAGCGGACGAAACAAGUCAAUUAUCGGUUACAACUCUGUUUCAAUUACUUGAACUACAUGGUAAGACAACAAAUACAAUGGUUGUGGAAUGGGUUAUCGAUCGCUGUUACACGAAAUCAGUCCGAUUCAGUGAUCGAUGUUUCACUGCUCUUGCCAAAGUCUUUAUCGAAGUAGCCAAUGAUUAUCCAUGCGAUUUGCCCUCGGUUUUAACCAUUGCAUUGACGAAUGUUGGAUCUCCACGAAUGCAUGUUCAUGAGUUAGCAUUACGAUUGAUGGUUGUUCUAUGCAAAGGACAUCUAAGCGAAUCUCAGCCAACAACUAGUCAACAAUCGAAUGGAAUAUCAUCAUCAGAUGAUAUUGCGUAUAUUAUAUCACUUGCGUCGAACUAUUCCAAGAGUCAAAUGAUGUUAUGCGAAUAUUUAGCUAGACGUCGACCAGAUUUAACCAUGGCGAUGUUUUCCGAAAUAACGACUCGAAUUUUAACAGCAAAUCCCAGCUCACGAGGAACUUUAUUCAUGAUUUUAUUACCAUGGAUACACAAUAUCGAACUCAUCGAUCCGUCAUUAUCAAGAAGCGCUCAUGGACAUGACAUUACCUUGAAUGAAGAACAAGGCGAUGCAUUCUUACAAGGAGUCGGCUGGGGUUCAGUACAAUCAACUGAACUCGUUCUAAAUAAUCUUUUUUAUUUAACCGCAACAUUCUCUUCUGAGCAUGCACCUGAACUUGAACUACUAUGGAAUGCUCUAACCGGAACUUGGUCACAUAAUCUGAAAGUCAUUCUACGUUACAUGCUGAUCAUGAUCACUCUUUCUCCAUGCGAGCUAUUGCCUUACGCUAAAAAGAUCAUUCUUUACAUGUGCAAAAAUCAUGAAGAACGUUUAUUGAAUGAAUUAUUGAACGAAUUGCAAAUAACGGAAUCGUUAAAUAUUUCCUUGGAAAGAACUGAUACGUUGCCAUUCUUCCGUUUCAACAAUUCCGCAGCAACAUUUCUGAUCAAUAAUGCGAACUCGUCACAAAUGUCGGGUACAAAUACAUUUAGAAAAUCAACAAAUUCACAUGAACAUCGUGGAAUUAUUCAUACAAAACGACACCAUAGUGGCGAAGAUAAUCUUCAAGAACAUGUCUCCUGUUUAAAUACAAUUAAGAUUCGAACAUCAUCGCAAAAUAGUUUAUCAACGAACUUUAACGAGAAAUUAUCAGUCGCUGAUAUUGAGAAAGAUCAUUCUAUUAUGGUACGCGUUGAUGAAUGCCAACAAGCAGCUCCGUUGCCAUUAGCUCCAUACGGUGGUACUCCUGCACCAUUGAAAACUCUCCUACCCGAGCUGUCUAUUCCAAUCCCGUGUCUAUUUCGAUGUAGUAUUGCUAUUAUGCUCAUCAACGAAUUAAUUGUCAGUGGGUUACAAAUCGAUUGGUCAGCUCAUUUACCUCAACUACUACAUGUGGCCAUGCUCGGAAUGGACCAUAACCGUGCUAUUGUCUAUGAACAUUGUAAAAGUCUUGUGUUUAAUCUAUUACUUGCAUUGAGUGUUCAAUCGGAACAAAUCUGGUUAAGUGAAAUGUUACUUUCUCAUGUCGAUUGGGAUAAUAGUAAAUUAUCAACGAAAAUCCGCCAAGAGCGAGACACCAACGGUAUCAAUGUCAAUAAUCAAUCGCUGUUUGCUGAUAGUCUCAAUGAUAAUUCUUCGUCAUCAAAUAAUGAAAUGAAUCUGACCGAAGUAGAUCCGUCAGUAUCUCUCUCGCGUGAAGAAGUUGUCCAACGUUUAAUUGCUUAUUUAAACGUAAAGAAAGGCUGUCCUUUGUGGGCAUACGAAGACAUCACAGCCCAGGUCCACACUAUUCGCAGUUCAUUACAAUUAACACAAUUUGUACAGUGGAUUGUCAGCUUAUUUCAAAAAUGUGUACCACAAGCAAUGUUAGAAGAACGUUGGAUGGAAUUAGCCUUGAGAAUAACAUUGAGUUGCUCAAGUCGACAUUACGCUGGACGAUCAAUACAGAUUAUCCGUGCGUUGGGUUUACCUUUGAAUUUUCGUUGGGUUAUCGAUAUUCUCUCUCGAUUGGUUGAAACAGUUGCUGAACAUAAUGAUGACAUGCAAGGAUAUGUCACUGAGUUAUUAUUAACUUUAACGCAUAAUGUUGAUUCAAUACACAAACAAAUCAAUGGAUUAUUUUCCACAUCGAUUCCACAAUUGUCUCCUUCAAAAGAUGUGACCAAUUCACAUAUAGUAAAUCCAUCUAUACUGGCAAAUCAGAUUGAAUCAUUGCAAAGUAACACGUUACUACCUACGGAUCGAAGACAUCAUGCUCGAACAUUUCAUCGUCGAUCACGCGAUCAACUCGCUAUUGUUGUCACCAAUUCGGGAAUGGCAACAGCACCAACAAGUCCGAGAAACAACAAUAUUCUUUCAUCAACAUUAACAAAUGGCCACUCCACUACAACAAUAUGUCCAAGUCUAUCGACAACAAAUGGUUUUCUCCUUCAACCAACCGAUCAACAAACGAACUCCUUGCGAUUCAGUCCCGAAUCCAAUCGAAGUUGCUCGUCAACAACGUCUACAUUAACGCGAUCACAUAGUGCGCAGAACGUUCGUCAACAACAAAUUUUCUUUCCUAAUCAUUCAUUGAACAAUUCCGUGUCGGCAAAUACAAACGACGUUCAAACUCUCGCUGCAUCGAUUGACGAUGCGAAAACUGUUCUCGCGCAAUUAUUCUGGAUCGGAAUCUGUUUACUCGAAUCUGAUUAUGAAUAUGAAUUUACCUUAGCGAUACAAUUAUUAUCAACAAUCAUCAAUAAAAUCCAACUGAAUACAAGUGAUUACAUCGAACGUAUUAUGAACAUACUAAAAGCAAUCAAAUGGCAACAAUUUCCCGGUGUACAAGCGUUAGUUCUCAAAGGUUGCACAUCGUCGAUCACAUUUGACUCCACAAUGACUUUGAUCAGCUGUUUAACAAACAUUUUAACACUACCGUUCAUAGCAACAAGCAAAUCUUCAUUGGCAAUUAAUGUGAUCGCUUUAUUGCCGUAUAUGAUGUAUAAUUACGAUAAUCAACAUGUCCUGUGUGUUCAGGCAGCAGAUCAGAUUGCACGAAUAUGUAAUGAACAUGAAGAUAGGGAGAAAUUAACCAAUUUAGCAACAGUUAUGUCAUUAUACGCACAGGGCAAAUUCGGUUCCACAGCAUCACAAUGGGCGAAAUGUGUUCUGAAGUAUUUAAUUGAUGUUUAUGCGCAAGAAUCGAUCGUUUGGGUUCGAUUUUUAUGCGAAAUACUUGACAAUGGGCCAGUUUAUUUACAAACAUCCAUUUUAGACAUAUUCUAUCAUCUCGUGACACUAACUGAUACGAAAGCGUUGAAUGACUAUGCACUGUUCAAUAACGAACUCGUGCGAACAUUGUGUAAAUAUGUCAAUAAGACCGAAUAUUGUACGGAAGUAACUAAGACAUUGAAAUUAUUAAUUCAACGUUCAUCAACAUUGUCAACACCAAAACAUAUCACUACAAAUAGUCAUUACAACACAACACCAUUGACAUCACUCAUGGGAGAAGUUCACUUUUUCGAACCACACAAGAGCAGUAUUGAAUUGCCAGGUCGAACACUGGACAUUGAAUAUAAUUUAUCGAAUAUCAUGACUGCGAUUAAGAAUAAAGAGCAACAAAAUCACAAUGUCUUGAAGUUUUUACCUUCGGCAACUACGAUUAAUAAUCGCCGUCGACAUACGUAUCUUGGCGCAGCUAUGGCAGCGACUGAAAUGGAUAUAACCAGUUGGAAACAAAACGCAGCUCAAUCACAAGCCAAAACUCGCGAACAUUUAACUGCAUUGAUGCUUGCAUGCGGCAAACAAGCAGGUCUAUCACGAUUACCACUGAAUCGUAGUGCCAGUGUUGUCUUCAGUCAAACAAGUGAUUUAGCCGAACAACCACCUAUGGGUAGUUUACCAAGUUCAAGCAAAGAAUCGAUGACAUCGGAAAAUGUCGAUCAAACCUUCAUAUCGAAACAAUUCGAUUUCUUAAAUGACGAAGAUUCUCUUCAAGAAAUGUUUCCAAUUACAACCGAUGGUCCAGAUUUCGGCGAUGAAGACGACGGUCUGAUGACGUCUUUUGACGAUAAUCCAAUACCGGUUGAACCUGAGCCACGUCGGAAUAGUUUAAGCAAUACACUUCGAAAUUUAUCGACAGUUGGAGAAUGGUUUGAUACGUACCGCAUCAAAUCCAAACUUCGCGGAAAAUUACCAUCAUUCGCUAGUCCUAGUGGAAGCAAAGUGCCUAGUCGCAAGCCAAGUGCAAGUGACUUUACACAUAUGACUGAUGUUGUCGUCGAUACAUCACGACAAAUGCACGAAUUUACAUCGGCGAUGGAUGCAUCAACGACAACAGCUCCUACCACUGGACGAGAAAGAACAGGCGUUUCUGCUAAUUCCCCAUACGUGGUGGAAAAGCUAGAACCACAAAAACGUAAAAGGAGAGCACCGAGUAAAUCGUCGCUAUCAUGGUCUCGGGAAGACAUGCCGGACUUGACGGUCACUCACACGCAUCAUCCAACUAGAUUGUUGCACGUUGUGACCAUGAAUAAUGAAUAUAUAGAAGAUGCUUGGCAAACACACGCAAAGAAUUUAAUCGAUGAAAUCAAUCCAUCAGAUAGUGUUAAGACCUUCUUAUUAUUUCGACGCUUAUUCAAAGAAAUCCGACGAAGAUUAUCGAUUUUUGUUCAUGAAACAUGCCACUGCCUUUCAAUGGACAAUCGCUUUCGACAAAUGGUGUCCCAACUGAUUCAUAUGUUGAAUGUCCUAAUGGAAAGUCUCGAUUGCACGUUAGUUUUUGCUGAUGAAAAUAUCAUGAACAUCAAUCAAUUAUUGAUUAAACAUCGAUUAAUAAUAACAGAAUUGAAUGAGAAUUAUACGAAUUAUAUCUCGAAGAAAGCUUUGGCUAUCGACUGUUUGGACUCGAUAAAAGCGAAUUUGAAGUUGCAAUCAUUAGGAGAACGCGGCUACGACACAUUCGUUUCAAACGAACAAAAAGUUCACAUGUGCAAACAUCUUUACAAUUUGUUCUUUCAAGUAAUCACAUUAGCGGAAAGCUAUUCGAAAUUGGUCAGUAAUUUGCUAUCAGUGACACGCGAUCCAGUAAUGAACAUUCGAAAUCUGUCGUCGGAAUUCACCAUAGCGUGGAAUGGUUUAAAUGAUUUCUUGAAUGAUCUUCGCUCGGGUAAAGAAGAUCAGCCAACGAUCGAAACAAACAAUUUGCCAAAUCGCGACACGGCAAUUGCGUAUAUCUUUCAAUGUUUGCAUUCGAAUACAUAUUCGAAUGCAAUCAAAUACCUUCGAUCAGCAAGAUCACUUUGGCCAGAUGAUUUUGGAGAUGAACACAAUGAGAUUGAUGUUGCGCUGACAAUUUUGUACGAAUCAUUGAAAAAAACUCAUAGAACAGCGAAUUUACUUGUUAUAUUGCAACAAACUCCACCAAUCGCGGACGCUUGUCAUCGAUUAUACGAACUUAACCUAAAAAUUCUUUCCUCGACACCUGAUCCAUUAUGA